UCCUUGUGUGGUUCAUUCUGGCCGAGGGAAGUUUCUGGGAGGGUACCGCGUCGUGGCACCAAGACCCCAACCCCUCUCUUAUUUACCAACAACAGGCGUCCAUAAUAACACUGAACCGUCCUGGCAUAUCGUACCUCUCUGAAACUUCCCUACCUCUACCCAUAAAUGCUCAUAACAGCCGCCAGACAACAAAAACACGUGGGAAACCAUCCGAAAGAGUGGAGGAAGAUUGAUUUCCGGACAAAUACAUAGAAAAAAGCUCACGGAACGUCGUGGUUGUUGGCCUUCUCGAUGCAUACCCUUUACGCCAGAGGAACGAUGAAAGCUGAGAUCACCGCGGCCGUCGGAUUUCUGUCCAGGUUCCUGCGGAUAAAAGGACACGUAAACGACCGACAACUCCAGACAUUCAGCCAAAGUUUACAGGAUAUUUUGAAUGAGCAGUACAAGCACCACUGGUUCCCAGACAGGCCCUGCAAGGGCUCGGGCUACCGCUGCAUCCGCAUCAACCACAAGAUGGACCCCCUGGUAGGGCAGGCAGGCCAGCGCAUCGGCCUGACCAUCCAGCAGCUGUACCUCCUCCUGCCCAGCGAGCUCACUCUCUGGGUGGACCCGUACGAGGUGUCCUACCGCAUCGGCGAGGACGGCUCCAUCUGCGUCCUGUACGAGUCCACGCCGGUGGUGACCGUGCCGCCGCCGGUGUCCGUCACGGUGGCCCCCUCGGGGGCCGGCCCGUCCGGCCCCAUGCUGGACAGCCACAUCAGCUGCAAGGAGGAACUGAUGGUGAUGGGCCGGACCAGCCCCUCCAAAGCCUACAACAUGAUGACUGUGUCCAGUUAGGGGGGCGACGGUCGGCCCGGAGCCCCGGCCCCCGUUCAGGGUUGUCGCUGCGACCGGUCGCCGUCACUUGACUGGAUCGGACAUGGGGACGGGGUGGGUCUUUUUUUUGUUUUUAAAGCUAAAGAAAAUGAAAUAAUGAAAGGAAAAAAAAAAAAAGUGAAUGAAAAGGAAAGCGGAGGAUUCGCCUAUCGUCCAUUUGAUGGAAGCCACCCACGGUUUCGUUAAUUUUUUUUGACAUUUGGUUGUUGUUUCUUUUAACCCAACCCUUCUCCACAUCCCGUCGUCAUCUCUUCUGUUGUCAUUGGAUCUGCCGGGUCUCCAUUUUGUUUUUUCUUGAAAGGCUUGGAGGCUUGGCUGUUGGGGCAGCUAAACCACCGAUUCAACACCACCACCACCGACCAGUUCGGGCCACCCUCCCCUGUCGCGACGCAGUGAUCGGCUCUUGACGCUGAUGCGCCUUUUUGUUUUUAGGUUUUUUUCCUGAACACUGAGGUCUAUCAACGUUGACUUUGCACUUUUCUUACUUGUGGUUACUAUGGGUACCAUGUUUCACCAACACCACAAAUCGCCAAAACUCGUUUAUGUUAUUUCUUUUGAAUUGUUAAGGACUUUCGGUCAGGAAAUGCCCUCAUGAGUAAUAAAAUUGGUAACUUUUAUUUCCGAAUCCAAAAUAAUUUUUAUUUGGUGUGUUUUCGUGUGGGGAGGGAGUGGAUCUUCAGACGCGGCACCGGUUUCAGACCAAGCCAAUGUUGACAAAAAAAAUGCCUUUGUAAGAACCAGUUUUUAUUUUUAUUUUUUUUUAAACUAUAAAUCUUUCCUAGGACCACAUGGCAUUUGCUGUUUUUUAACCAGUGGCUGUUCUGAGUGACAGGUGUCGGUCUGAACAUCUCUUCCUCCCCCUCCUACUGAAACAUCGGCCAAUCGCACCGCGGCCGGCCUCUAUGUAAGUGCAAGUGAGAUGCUGUGCAGCGUGCCGGUGCCUAUGGAUACCAGCGUGCUGUGCAGCAUGGUCACCUGUCGUCACUCGUGUGUGUGUGUGUGUUGAACGCAGCUUUGCGAUGGGGCGAUGGGCGUCAGGGCUCCGUCCCACCUCAACUUUCCCAAGAAUGUUGUUGAAAUCCACAAUCAAAAUUCCACCCGUUGUUAAUUUACUCCCUUCUCCUGCCGCGUGCGUUCCUUUGUCCUUGCCUCACCAAAUUUCAAAGUGUAGCAUAAGUGAGCCCCCCCCCCCCCCCCCCCCUUAUUGACGCAAACCUGGGUCCAUCCUGUCUUUGGUCACACGACCCUGUCUGAAUUGACAUUGAAUGCACUUUGACGUUAGAUUGUGUGGGAUGUGUACUUUUUUGAGAGGAAAUCGCCUGCAUUCCAUUCACUCGAAUGUCAUCUUUUCAUGCCGUAUUACUUGCCCUUCGUUUGUAAGCUAUGCGCCCAUACUGUAGCGUCUAUGCUGGGUUUGGGUUAUGUGUAUUAAGCAGAGAGGGGGUUGGAGGUUUUUUUUUACACUGUAUUUGUGAUCUCAGAUCCCUGCGGCGGCGAGUGGUUUCGGUGGUCAUCCCUUGUUGGUCAUCCCUUUCGUUGCUUGGCGCUGAUAGUAAAAACCCACCAAGCCUCGGGGCUAGGCGGCGGCGCCUCCCAGUCAAACACGCGUGGAUGGUUUCGAGGGGAUGGUGGGAAGCUCAGUACUAUGUGGUGAGCGGAGUCGGGCCAAGAGGAGGCCUGGGGCACACGCCGGUGGACAUCUGCCUCCCGUUUCGUAUUUUCGAUGCAGAGCCAGGACCCGUAUUUGUUAGCGUGCAUUGGAGGUUCAUCGCCUUACGCUGACCUCUAAUGUAAUCAACCUUUUAUGAGCUUGUCUGGGUCUUCAACACGCAGGCCCCUGUGAUCCAGCCCGCCGGUCGUGGGGAUAAAGAGUGCCUCAAAUGACAUCACCCUCCCCCCUCCCCCCCUAUACCCAGACCUCCUUGGGCGCCGAUCACCAGCCAGCACGCCGCUGGCCAACCCCCAUUCCCACCCCACCCCACGUGGAUACAGGUGGACCUAAUGUGACACAUAUCAUCUACCAGCAUCCCAGGGAGCUGGGUAAGGUAGGCGGGGAGGGGGGGGUCGGUGGCUCAGAGGCGGGGCCAGGGGCCGGACGUCCUCGUCCAGGGCAGCUACAAUCCCUCCAGCCUCCUCUCUGAGCUGGUCCGACGCCUCCUCCCUGGCCACAAGCCCUCCGCCCUCCCUGGGCGGUGGUGGGUAUUAACCAGCACACGCGCUCGGCGCACUCAGGCAGCACUGCGGGCGGGGGGGUGGGGGGGGGGGCAGGUGAAGGGCGAACAUGGGGUAACGUUGUGGUUUUAGAGAGGGUACUAGGUCUUUGUUAAUCUUUCAUCAUCUCACUGGAUUUAGCUGCGUUUUAAAUACUGGGGUUUCAGGCAGCGACCUUGUUUACACACAAAUGAAAGGAUGAGGGUCCCGGGUUUGUGUCCCGGUUCCAUGCUACCGGCAUCAGACGAGGCGGCUUCAGGGGGUUUCUUUGAAGGCCGUAGCCGCUGGGUGUGGGUGGGGGGGGGGGCAUCUGUCUCGACAGCUUUGGUCACUCGUCAUCACCAGACCAAUGGGUGUUUAAGCUCCACUAAGCCCAGUAGGACCAUGGGUAAAAGCCAUGGUCGCAGACACACUGCAACGCUUGGCUCCCUCUCCGUUGCCCCCCUAGGCUGGUCCUCCCUCCAGCAAUCUGUGAAAGGCAGUGAAUUUGGCCAGAUGGAUCGGGUGAUCUGGGACAGGAGCCCUGAUGUUUAGUUUCAGCGGUGGAUUUGGUUUUAAAACCCCGUUGCUCCACUGUGGCUUUUACUAUAUUCAACAAGGUGUUUUAAAAUUGGUCUAUAUUUUCAAUGUGAGAUUGUCCUCUGGUCUCAAAUUUCUCUAAGUGUAUUUCAUGGUCACACUGGUAGAUUAUUUUUAAUUCUAAAUGUCCCAUCCCCCCCCCACCCCCCUCCCCUGUUUUUGUUAAGAGGAUUUUGAGCACGGUAAUAUAGCCCACUUUUAAUUGAGCACGCUUUAAUCCAACAAAUAUGGAAAUUAAUCCAAAUGCCCACUCGGGGCUAUAGCAACCAGAAAAGGCAUUAUUUUAAGUCUUCUAUCAUAAUAAUAAUAUGGCAACCUUUCAGCCGGUGUGGACAUGGGUUUCAGACUGGUUGCCAGAGUCCUUUUGCAUAGUCGGAAGUAAAAAUAGCACAUAAAAAUGCACUAAAAUAUGUCAAGUGGAAGUUGUGUGACAUUUGUUCA